AUGGCCAGGCCAGUGAUUAGUUGCCUUGGAUAUUUGGUGGCCUAUCCAAAAGCGAGACACGCUGGUAUUAGCUACCGUGACCGCUGGGGCACCCGGAGCCCCGACACCACCACACCGGGGGGGGGCGGGCGGGGAAGCGAAGCACGGCGGGCGGGGAGGGGCGGCCCUGGCGGGGUGCCCCGGCCGGUGGGCGGUGCUGGGGGUGAGAGGCAGGGGGUGCUUCGCCCGCCCGCCCCGGCCCCCCUCCCCGGCUGUAUAUAGCGGCGGCGCGGCGCAGCUCCUGCGGCCGGCAAGAUGGCGGCCGCCGUCGCUGUGCAGUCCAUGCUGCCGCCGAAGCUGCCACAGCUGCUGGAGCGGGACCCCUACCUGGCCCCCUUCGAGACGGACUUCCAGCGCAGAUAUUCUCUGUUUUAUAAUCACUUGAAGAACAUUGAGGAAAAUGAAGGUGGCCUUGAUAAGUUUUCAAAGAGUUACAAAACCUUUGGAGUUAACCAGUUGACGGAUGGUGGAAUAUAUUGCAAAGAGUGGGCACCGGGAGCAGAAGCAGUGUUUCUCGCAGGUGACUUCAAUGGCUGGAAUCCAUUUUCUCAUCCAUAUAAGAAGAUGGAAUAUGGGAAGUGGGAGUUACUCAUUCCACCUGGACAAGAUGGUUGUCCUCUUGUGCCCCAUGGAUCAAGGCUAAAGGUGGUGAUUCGUGCUCAAAAUGGUGAUCUCCUCUAUCGUAUUUCACCUUGGGCGAGAUACGUAAUCCGUGAUGAAGACAAAGUGAAUUACGAUUGGGUACACUGGAAUCCACCACAGUCAUACAUUCAUAAGCAUCCUUCCCCCAGGAGAUUAAAAAGCCUAAGAAUCUAUGAAUCUCAUGUGGGGAUUGCUUCCCCAGAAGGGAAAGUAGCUUCUUAUAAAAAUUUCACAUACAAUGUACUACCUAGGAUAAAGGAUCUUGGAUAUAACUGUGUCCAGCUGAUGGCUAUUAUGGAACAUGCAUACUAUGCCAGUUUUGGUUAUCAGGUCACAAGCUUCUUCGCAGCAUCAAGCCGUUACGGAACUCCAGAUGACCUGAAAGAAAUGAUCGACGUUGCUCACUCAAUGGGCAUCACCGUUCUGCUUGAUGUUGUGCACAGCCAUGCAUCCAAAAACUCUGAAGAUGGUCUCAACAAAUUUGAUGGUACGGAUUCUUGUUUCUUCCAUUCUGGUCCUAAAGGAACUCAUCAGCUCUGGGACAGCAGGCUCUUUGACUAUGCAAACUGGGAAGUUUUGAGAUUCCUUCUAUCUAAUUUGAGAAUGUGGAUUGAAGACUAUCGCUUUGAUGGAUUCCGAUUUGAUGGUGUUACAUCUAUGUUGUAUCACCAUCAUGGAAUUGGCACAGCAUUCAGUGGAGACUACAAUGAGUAUUUUGGCCUACAUGUGGAUGAAGAUGCUUUGUGUUACCUAAUGCUGGCCAACCACAUGAUUAAAUUCUUACAUCCAGAAUGCAUAACCAUAGCAGAGGAUGUUUCCGGAAUGCCAGCUCUUUGUCGUCCUGUUGCAGAGGGAGGAGGGGGUUUCGAUUAUCGACUAGCCAUGGCGAUUCCAGAUAAGUGGAUACAGAUAAUUAAGGAGCUGAAAGAUGAAGACUGGAAUAUGGGCAAUAUUGUGCAUACAUUAACAAACAGACGGUAUGAAGAAAAAUACAUUGCAUAUGCAGAGAGUCACGACCAGGCACUAGUUGGUGAUAAGACAUUGGCGUUUCGACUGAUGGAUGCAGAGAUGUAUACAAACAUGAGUGUGCUCUCGCCCCUUACUGCAGUUAUUGAUCGUGGAAUACAGCUUCAUAAAAUGAUUCGUCUCAUUACUCAUGCACUUGGAGGAGAGAGCUAUCUGAACUUCAUGGGUAAUGAAUUUGGACAUCCAGAAUGGCUUGAUUUUCCCAGAAUAGGGAACAAUGAGAGCUACCACUAUGCCAGAAGACAGUUUAAUCUUACUGAGGAUCAUCUUCUUCGCUAUAGAUUCCUAAAUGCAUUUGAUAGAGAUAUGAAUAAAUUGGAGGAAAGAUUUGGAUGGCUUGCAUCUCCCCCGGCCUAUGUGAGUGAAAAACAUGAAAGCAACAAGGUCAUAGCAUUUGAGAGAGCUGGUCUCCUUUUUGUUUUCAACUUUCAUCCCUAUCAAAGUUACGUGGACUACAGAGUGGGUGUUGCAGAUCCAGGAAAGUAUAAAAUCCUUCUGGAUUCUGAUGAUGGAGAAUAUGGAGGGCAUCAAAGGCUGGACCACGGUACAGAGUACUUCUCUGAAGAGUAUCCUCACAAUUAUCGACCUAAUUCAGUUAUGGUGUACAUUCCAAGCAGAGUGGCUAUCGUGCUUCAGAAUGUGGAUGUCCCAAAUGGAAACUCUCUGUAACUGUCACUGAAGAAGCACGUCGUAGAAGCGCGGAUACGCCGGACUUCUACUAAGCAUAACAAAACUUGCUCUAAUGAAGCUUUCUGAAACUGAGUAUAGUAAUAUUGGGUGUUUAAAAUGUAAGAUUAAUAUUCACAUGCAGUUGCAGAGUUCUUGACUUGCUAGAACCUCUUGAGGAAAUAUUACAGAAGAGAAAGGAAAACAUGGGUUUUGUAGUUCUAGUAGUACAAAAUUACACUUAAGAUAUUGUGAAGCAGCAGGUAUUCUCAAUUAAAUAUUUGUUUACAGAAGAGUGAUCCUGCUCUGAAGUUUGUAAUUUCUUGCAAGCCUCAUUUUGAUAGUGAAUUCAAAUGUUCAUUAUAUAUUAAUGCUUCUUACUAAAAGUAAGUAGUUUGCUUAAAUAAAAUAGAAGUUUUUGGCUAAAAGGCAGCCUUAACGGUUUGAGGGACCUAAUUUUGAGGCUCCUCUUCUUCAGUGAAGUCCAACAUGGAAUUAGAAAUGUUUAUGCAAAUAGAUGAGAAGGUCCUCUGAGAGUAUAGUACUUUGCCAUUGUUUUAUUUAGCUAAAAUUGCACAAAAAAUGCUGAACAGCAAAAUGGGCAGGUCAAUUGACUGGUGACCUGCUGAUGCUAUCGUGUGUGUUGCUUAUUUGCUUCUAAUCAAAUCACUUAGUCUGUGUAUUUCACUUGCUACAGCUGGAAAAAAGAGAUGACUAUUUUAUAUAGUUGACUAAAAUGUUCAGUGAAAAGAGUGUUUUGUUCAUACUGCAAUGAUACCACCACACUGGAAGAUGUAUUGAAAGUGUACUUCUUCCUGUUGCAUUUAUUUCACUAAUGUCAGGACCUUGCAAUGCUGAUUUCACUAUUUCCAGAAGCUGCCUUUCAGCUUGGAACAUGAUGAUGUUCUUGCACUUUUAUAACUUUUUGAAACAUUGCUUCUCAUGAAGAAGCAGUCUCAAAAUACAUUGAUCAAACUAAGGUGGUUUUUUCAAUAAAAUCAAGGUGGUUCAUUAUUGAAGUGCUGCUAAGAUUAUAUAAGUGAGUUCCUUCAUGAGCUACAACUUUUUGUAAAGAGAAAGAUUUUGUAUAUUUGAAAAUGUAUUGCAGAGUAUUCUGGAAAAUUAAUACCAAAUUAAUGAGACAUGCUUUAUUUUGUUCCAUUUAUUUAAAAAACAUAUUGGAAUUGGUUCUGAAAUGAAUGUCUUUUGUACAAAUCUGAAUUUUCUAACUUUUAAAAUAGCCAAAGAAGAAGAAGAUGUCCGUGACCAUUUCUAAGUCAUAAUUUUACCCAGUUUCCUAUGUGAACCAUUGUGUAAACUACUGAAUAGUUGCACCAAUACUGAAAAUGUAUUCACAGUUCUUGGAAUGCUUACUUGUGGCUUGCCUCUUAAGCAAAAUAAGGGAUGGAAUAAUGCAGCAUGAUGCAAAACAGUCUUUUGCAGAGUUCUAACUGAAAGGACUUUAGGAGUAUCCCCCAUCUGCUAUGUUCUGUGUGACAAAGAAGUUUAUAUUGCAGUCAUGACACUGUUUAGGAUCAUGCUUCAUUUACCUCUGCACCAGUUUGAUCAUUGUUUGGUAGUGAGCAUUCCUGUUACACUAAGACUUUAAAGAGAAGAUACUGAACUGUUUUAGCAACUGGAACUGAUUUUUUCCCCCCUAGGUUGUUUUCUUAUAGUGAAAUAACGAGCAACUUCUAAUACAUGUUAUAUUUACAUUGUAUUGAUCUAAUAUGUUUUAUAGGGUGGUUUGUUUUUUUUCCUGGCACCAGUUCCAGGUUUCAAACUGUAAUGCAAGGCAAGCGUCUGUGUCAAACCCGUUUUUCAAGAGAAGGAAUAAAUGUAUGAUGUGAAGUAUAAACUGAGUAACAAAUUAUAUGCAAAAUAAACUCUGA